AUGUGGUUUCAAAGGAUGUUUGAUGACCGGAAGAUGAAAUAUGCUCUUAUUGCGGGAGGGAUGGUGGCUGGAGCGAGCAUCUACAUGCAUUGGCGAAGGAUGAGCCAAACUACUCCAACCAUCCAGGAGAUUCAGGACGAGGGGGAUGAAAGUGAAAUAAAAAUCUUAGAUGAAGGUCAGAUUCAAACGCAAGACAUGGCAUGUAAAGACAACCAACUAGUGGUAGGAAAGAAUGGCCUGAGAUGGUGGUAUGAAGGAAAGCAAGGAAAGCACAAACAAGUCAAUACAGGGAAUGAUCAGGAAAAAGAAAUCGUUGACUUAUCAAUGUCAGCUGCUAAAGACGGAGACCUUGAAACUUUGAAGGCCAUAGCUUCACAGGGUCUGUGGAAACCUGAACUUUGUGACAAGUAUGGUGGAACUCCUCUGUAA